CUUCUACAGCCUUCCGCCCACGCCCGUCGAAUACUGUUGACGCUCGUCAGCCUCGCUUACCCCACUUCGCUGCAGUCCCUCCUCCUCCAUCUUCUUCUCAAAACUCCAUCUCAUCUCUCUUUAGCCUUUCUCUCCAGAAAGCACCCCUCUCUUCAUUAACCCUUUAGACACACAGACGCAUAUACACCUACAUCUAUCUCGGUUUGCCAUCUUCAUGUCAUACGUCUAUAGAGAGCGAGAUCGCGAGCGGGACUGGGAAGAAUCCCGCUCAGCCGUAUCGAUCAAGCGUUACGUCAUCCCCUCUGAAGAGGAACGUGAGCGCGAUUUCUUCUACCGCCAUGAGGAUCCUUCCGACCGAGAGCUGGUUGUUAGACGCACUCUUGAGCGAGAGGAGCCGGUGAUGGUUCAGCGAUAUGAACGAGAAGUUGACUUUGACUCGCGCCCACUUGAUUACCGCUCCGAAAGAGACUACUACGAACCACGCGGUCCGGUCUAUAUCAAUCCACGAGAGUCCGACUAUGAGAUUGUGCGCCGGCCGGAAGUGGAUCGUGAGCCUGGCGGCUAUUACUAUCACCGUCGGGUGCGCGAGUGGGAUGAAGACCGUCGUUCCCGUCGUGAACUCAGUCCCAGCGACUCUGUCUCACAGGCGACUCGUCGUCGUGAUGAUGAAGGAUAUAGCAGCGAUGAGAGCAUGGUCUACAUCCGCAAAGAGACUCGGGAGUACGAUGACCAUCCUCAUCGGCGGCGACACUUGGCCGAGGGCGCGCUGGUCGGCGUUGGAGCGGCCGAGCUUCUUCGCAACCACCACAAGAAAGAAGGAGGAGAAGUACCCGAAGGAGUCGGCCGUCUCGGGCGGGAUGUGGGUGCCGGUGCAUUAGGUGCCAUCGCUGCUGAAGCAGUCUCACGUGCAAGAGAGCACUAUCGCAGUAAAAGUCGACAUCGCUCCCACUCUUUUGAUGACGACCACAGAUCGCAUUCGCGCCAUCACCGCCACCAUCGCCAUAGCCACAGUCGUCGCAGUCGCUCUCGCUCUCAUUCUCACUCACGUGUGCGGACGCUCGCUGAACUCGGCUUGGGUGCAGCUGCUAUUGCUGGAGCCGUUGCCCUGGCUCGAAACAAGUCCAACUCUAACAAGGAUAGACGUAGCCGGUCUCGUCAUCGUCGGGCGGCCAGCUCUACUCGGUCUUUACCACUCACCAAGGAUGGGGAGCGCAGCAAAUCUCAAAGCAGGAAGCAUAUGGCAGAAGCGGGUCUAGCUGGAGCAGCAGUGGCGGGUCUUAUCGAGAGGGCCCGGAGUCAAUCGCGUUCCGGAAGACGGGAUCGGUCCCGCUCCAAAAGUGCAAUCAGAAAAGCCCUGCCUGUGCUAGCCGCUGGCCUAGGGACAGCUGCUGUUACCGGCUUGUAUGAGAAAAACAAGGACAAGAAAGAAAGCUCACGCCAGAGAGAACGUCGACGCUCAAGAUCUCGCAGCCGUGCGCCGUCUGAAGUCUACUCGGACCCAACGAAAUCUUCGCCUGGUCUAAUUGAAUAUGGGGAGCAUCCAGUCCAUGGUAGUAUUCCUGCCAACUAUUACGGUCGGCCUGGGAGCUCACACGGAUAUUACUCGGAUGCGUCUGACCCUGUCGCAAGUGGCGCAGCAGGGUUUGGGUCCACCAGACGCCGAGCCUAUAGCCGCAGUCGUAGCCGGAGCCGAGGCCGGCCUGCUCGUUAUAGUAGUGAUUCGUCAGACUCCGAAAGUGGCAGCCGGAGAAGACGGCGAGGCGGGCACGAACGGCAUCGCAGUCGCUCGCGCGAAUUCGCCGAGGCUGCUUUAGGGGCCGCAGGACUUGGUUACGCAGCUCACAAGUUGUCUCAACGGAAUGAGCGCAAGAAAGCGGAGCGCGACAGAGAAAGAUCGGAUGAAGAAGGUCCGUACCAGCAUGAUCCAGAUCCGCCAUCUCCGGCUGCUCCUCGACCGAUCGACGACCAUCAGUACUAUCCUAAUACCAAUUACUUUCCCCCGCCCCCUGGCUCUGCACCUCGAACCGAACCAGCACCUUACAACCCUGCCGACUAUCCACCUCCACCCGGCGCUGUGCCACCGCAGCCGUAUGCUCACCCUGCGCAUCCUCAACCAGAACCCUAUGCACCUCGGCCCCGGAGGGUAGAAGAGAAUGUGAGUGCUGCAUGGAUAUCUCCCCAACACCCCGUUGCCCAAGAUCGCAUAUAUGAUGGCCUAGAUGCACGGUCACCGCUGAGAACCCCCCGCGCAAGGAAACGACGACCCCGCGCUGCCAGCCAGCCGGCACGGCCGAAGUCGGUUGCCUUUGACCUUGGUUCGGAGCAUGAAGGACAGCAUGAUCUAGGAUACGAAACGGAUGACAGUGACUCGACCAUUGCGUCAAUACAUGGACAUAGCCACUAUCGCACCCCACGUCGUCGCCACUCGUCCUCUGAGCCGUUUGCUGCACGUCCUCGGUCUGACGAUCGGUCUCGCAAAGAUGGCGCGGAAUCUGAUUCCGACUCAACUAUUGAUUUACCUGACCGGUUUGACUCGCAGGGACGCCUCUUGCCCCAGCCUGGAGAUGAUCCUUUGGCGGACGGAUUAGAGCAUCUCCUGAGGGGCAUCAAUCACGUCUUUGUUUAACUGACUUUUUGCGCUUCUAUCUUUGCACCAUACCUUUCUUUGUUGCGACUUGUGUUUUGCUUUCCCCUGAUGUAGUAACG